CGCGACAAUCUAUCCUCGGCGCGCCGUGCGAUGCACCAGGUGAUCUCGGCUCGGGCAUUCUCGAGGCAGUGAUGUCGCGGCCCGUCGAAUACCGGGGUUGCUAUAAAUAAUUCGAUGUCUGCUCCGGUCGCACUCGCGGUGGACAGCCGAGGCUACGGAGAGUCGUCUAGGAGCCGCUGUAGCAGGCUGCUCUAGCGACCGCUCAGCCUCCUCCUCUCUCCACUCUGUCUCUCCCUCUCUUUCUCUCUCUUUUUUCCUCCCUGUCUCUGUCUCUAUCUCUCUGCUCAUCCCUCUUUCUCUUCCGCCCUCGUCCCUCCGAUCGAGAGGUGAAGAGCGUCUCGUGGACGACGUCAACGAGAAGGUCACCGCUGUGUGUCGAACACGGGAAGAGCGACGAAACGAAGUCGUCGUCGUCGUCGCUGCGUUCUCAACGUCGGAUCAGGUAGACAGGCAGACAGGCAGGCAGAGGAAGAGGAGGACUGGAGGUGGAUUAGCGCGGGACCUCCGUGACUCCCACGGGGGUGGGGAUGGAGCCGGAGCAACGAGGACGCACUUCGCGGGCGUCGUCGACGUCCAGCCUCGGACGUGAGGUCCGUUGCGGCUGUCAGUACUACCACAGCGACUCGCUUCUGCCGGAACGACGUGCUCUCCUCGUCAGACCGUCAUCCAGGACGAUGCAGCAGCCACCUGCGGUCCGCUGCAGUGAGCACGAAUACGAACCGAUCGCACCUCCGCUGCCGUCGCUGCCGCAUCCGGCGAUGGCGCCGGUCGUGCGGAUCACCGACACGGAUGUGAUGCCCGUCGCCGACAGCGACGACAGCAUCGACGACCGGGCUCGGCUGCCGGCCGAGCUGAUCUUGGACGGCGACGUGGUGCUACCGCUGGACGGCAAGAUUGAGGACAGCGCGAUGGAGGCCCGGCAGCUCGGCGAGACCUGCGGCGACACCUCCGAGGAGCAGGAGCCGACCGCGCAGCAACUCCAAGAGAGGCUCGAGGAGCGAUUCCUCGACGCGCCCGCUCCCCAAACCGAAUCCAGGACGGACGGCGAGAUCAACACCAAUCAGGUAGACUCGUCGACGAUAGAGGAGCUGCCACUUCGGCAGGGCGCACGUGGUUUACCGCAACGCCUGAAGAACCAAGCUGGCAAGCUGCGCUCUCGGCUCCGGGGUCUCCAGCGACCCACGUUCACCUUCCCAAAACGGCAGAAAAAAUCUCUCGACAAGACGACAAGAUCAUCGACCAGUGGCGCUGGCAAGUCGGACAAGUCCCGCACGUUGGAGAAAAGGCCGAGUCGAAUAGACCGGAUAAGAACAUCCAUUUCUGAGAAGACGAAAUUUAGCUUGCCGGAUCGGCCCAAGUUCAGCUUGCCCGACAAACCCAAGUUUCAUCUUCCAGAGAGACCAAAGUUCAACUUGCCGGACAGAUCGCGCUUCCACCUGCCGGACAAGUCUAAGUUUACCAUCAAGAAGCCCAGCAUCCGCUUAGCCGACGCUCUCGCGCGCGUCAAACGGCCGUCUUCCCUGCGCGAACAGAAGCAACGCUCGACCGAGUCCACUGUCGGCUCCAAGCGCAACAUCUUCGACUUCGCCACUUAUCCGCGUAUCUUCGAUAAAAAAUCCAAGAAACGCGGCGAGUACGCGACAUCCUCGCCCAAAGACUCCAGAACACAGUCCGCGGAGAGCGCGACUUUCCCUCGCGCGCGGAAGGGGAAACCCUUAGGCGCUAGGUGGGCUCGUCACUUCGGCAACUCAUCUUCUCAGGAUCGUACAGAGGCGACUGCGAGUGACAGCUCACCCCCGUGGCAUCAGACUUCGAUAGAAGAGCCUCAGGAGCCGAGGUUGUCCGCCAGAACGGAAGAGGAGAUAAUGGCGGCGGCUCGCGCCAUCCCGUGGGAAGACACGAGGAAACGGGAGCAACACUACGACGAAGAGGAGAUACAAUACAUGGACUAUGAGCAAGAGUCCUCGCAGGAAGUAUCGGAUCGUCAGCCACCCCCAAGGAGAUCCCACAAGGCCGCGAGAAGGAAGGAGGAGGAAUCCUAUGAACACGAAGAACCGAUGGAAGAGGACCCAAGGAUGUAUGGCGACGAAGAAGCAAAACAUCGAGACGAGGUCGAGGUCGAAGAAGAGGAUCACGUAGCACAGGACGAUUGGCACGCGGAUGAGCAGAUGGUGUUCGAGGAGAAAUUCAGAUCGAUCCCAAGGUCGCGGUCACUAGACGAGGACAUGCCGCGAGCUCGGGAAGAAACGGAGUACGAAGGAGCGUUCAUGGCGGUGGAUCCAAGGCGAUUCCGACCGCGCAAAAUGGCGUCCGAAGAAGAAGAAGAGCACGAGUUAGAGGACUUGGAGGAACACGAGCCCUCCUCGGCGCAUUCCGAUCGGGAACAGCAACAGUCCAGCGGCAGCUCCUACGACCGUAGACGCCGAGGAAUCAUCGAAGAGAUCGACUCCGACGAGUUCUUCCUGAGAGCGAGCGGCAUCAGUCAAGACGACAUGAAUCUGGGUAAUUAUCUUCCCGACGAGAUCCGUGAUGCUCUCAGGGCGGAGAUCGCGAGCGCCUUGCAGGAGGAAGAAAUGCCACCUAUUCCUCCCCAACGUCCCAUAAGAAUGCGAUCCUUGAGGAAACGCAGAGAGGAAGACUCCACGGAGACAAUGAAGGAAGUCGUGCCGCCCGCUAGACCAAAGAGGGAACGCAGCUCCGCCGCGGCUCGACGCAGUCGAGAGGCGUCGCUCGUUGACGAAGUCUUCCGUGAGCGCACCAGAAGUGACUCCAGACAUCGCGUAGUGUACCAGGCAGAAGGGGCGAUUCAGCUGGAACCUCAGGAGCAAGAGCCGCUGGACGAUAUAGUCGUGGUGAAGCCAGCGCGGAGGAAGUCCAGGUCGUCCUUACGCAGUCAGUCGCAGCCGCCGAUGGAGACGUCCAUCCUGUUACCCUCAACGCCCGCCACCAUUGUGCCUACCAUGGAGUCGUUGUCGACUCCUUUCCUGUCUACACCACCGAUCGUGCCGAUGCGCAGAAAGCGUUCGCAUCGGGAGACAAUAGUGAACCGGAGGAAUGGCGCCGUCGCGUCGAUCUGUAACGGUCAUCGUGAAUGGGAAGUCGAAAGCGCAGCGUCCAAGAAGCCGAUUACACCGAUGAGACGUUCGCGAUCACGACAGUCGUCGACGGAGCAGCAACAGUUGGUCGCUGACGGCGACUUUGUCGUCGCGCUUGCGGAUCGAGAAGACGUCGAGAAACUGGUCGGCCAGAGAAACGUCGUGGAACCGACGCCGGUGCCGCCGAAGAGGAGAUCCCGUUCGAGGACGACAUCAGUCGCCGCCGACGAGGACAGAACGUCGCACGGCGCGGAGUCUUUACCGGAGGCGGGCUACGUGGAGGAGGACAUACCACCGGACGAGAUCAGCUCGACGCACGACCUUUCCGGCUACGCGAUCGUGGAGAAGCGAGAAAAACCGCCGAGACCACCGCCACCUCGAAGAAAACGCGACAAAUUCGCUACCGCGCCGAGACCGAUCCCGCCCAAGCGACCUCAAAGAGCAUACAGUACCUUAGGACCCGCCAGUCGAGGCAGGUCGAGGCCGGACACGAUCAGCGACACAAUCACGUCGGAGACGAUCACAGCCACUACUACUCCGACGCUCUUGAUAGCUGCAGAAUUUACACCGUACAUCGAGAUCGAUUUGGAGAUUGAUGAAUUGGAACACAGAGAUAUACUUCGCAGCGGUGAGAUGCUCAACAAGAUCCAGGGUCGUCCAUUGCCGGCACCACCAAGACCACCCAGAGCGAGGAAGGAUCAUUCAAUCGUCGAACGACCUCGCACCCCGUUCGAAUUUGCGAUCGCUGAGUCGACAGCGGCUACGCAGACCGAUCCGUUGCCUGACGACAUGGUGAUCGAGGAGGAAAUCACACAGGCAAAGCUCGUAAUGACGCCCUCCAGGUCGGGCUCGCAAGUGAUGGUGUUGUCGAUGGAACGUAUACCAAGUCCGUCCAGAACUGAUACACCGAUACCUCCGGUACCACCGUUACCAUUGAUAUCGCAAAUCCUGAACCAAGAGCAGGAAGAGGAGGAAGGCGAAGAUGAAAUCGGUAGAAUGGCAUACGACACGAUGUCUUUGACGUCAUUGUCGCCGACGAGGGAAACUGAACAGGCAAACAGACAUAUGUCGGCGCCGCAUUUGGAGGAACGCAGAGAAGAGGAAGAACUGCGAUCACGAGUCAUCAGAUCGGCUCUGUUCUCCGACGAACCGUUGAGGAUCAGCAGUCUCGAGGUCGGCGAUCUGAAAGUCGAUCGAUUAAGCGUGUCGCAGAUCGAGGCGCACAAAAUCGUGGCGUCCGAGGUGGACGCGAUGGUGAUGGCGGCGUCGGAAUUGAGAGGCGGUAGCACCAUGGAGCAGAGCUUGUCGCCGUCCAUCAUCAGGGAACUGAUAGCCAUCAGGAGUCACUUGGAGACCGUGGCGACUUCUCAGGCGCGGGAAAGAUACCACGAGAGCGAGAGAGAGGAGCCCGCAAGUCGACAAGUAACCGACAUUCCCACGUCAGAAGACGACAGUCACACGGCGACAAGCAGGGAACGGCGAUCUUCGCAAGAGCACUCGCAGCAAGUGGGAGAGGAGGCACCGGGUGACGAGACCGUCGAAGCGAUGCACGUCGAACUGCCAUCCGUGGAAGAUGAGGAGAUGCUCGAGACUGGCGAGGACCAAAAGGUUGUUAAAACUGAUGUAUUAGAUAUGAAGGACAAAGAAGUAUCACACACCCCCUCAGUUAUCCUUCCACUCGCAAGCUCAGAAUCCCUUCUCUUACAGACGCUUGCGAUAGAUCAAUUAGAGUCAACGGGUAAAGACGAAUCCAUCACACAUCCGCUUACAGUUAUUACUCAAGAUACUCAAGAUAAGUCAUUACGAAUUUUAGAUUCCGAACACCCCCUUACUUUGAGUUCGCAAACCACGUCGGACUCCCAUGUAGUGGACGAAUCUCGUGCCUCGUUCCUUCUGUCGUCGGACGUGCCUACGACCCGGUCCUCCGAAUUGAGAGUGUCGCCGGAACGCACGGCCGAACCUCCGAGUAGCUCUGACCAGACUACUACUACUUCUACUAGCACUACUACUACUACUACUAUUACUACUACUACUGCUACUGAAUCGACCGCAACAUCUACGUGUCUCCGUGGCAGCGACAAGGACGACGUGUCCGAUAGCAAAGAACAACUUCCUCGCAAGUCGAGAUCUAGAUCCCCCUCGCCUGCCAGAGGUAUCACACGACAAACCGCGUCACCGGUUCGCUCAUUGCCACCCGUCAUCAGCGUGACUCCCGACACACCCGAUCCGACACCGGGACACGGUAUCUCUAUGGACGCUCGACCACAGCGUGCCGUCAUUUCCUAUUCUUCCGAUGCGCAACACAAUGUCCCAAAAUGCGCCGCUCAGCCGCAGCGUGCAGUCAUUUCCCAUUCUUCUGAUAUAGACCGACUCUCCCAGACUGGACAAAGGGAGUCCUCUCAAUCACCAGUACCCUCCUUCCCUCUCAGCGCGACACACUUCAUUGCUUUCCCAGCCUCCGAGGUUCCAACCCAGUUCUUCUCCCGAAGUGAAACACCGACGAGUCAACGCGACGCCGAGGAGCCCGGUGUUAUAGACACUAUGCAACAGCUCCUCCGUGCUCUCCGCAUGGCCGGUAUAAAAGCCAUGAGGCACUUUGUAAGGUAUUUGGCAUCCACGCUGAGCACCGACGAUACGGUGGAGAAGGUCAGAGAAGUGGAACUGGCGAUAUGCGCUCUGUUACUUUUCAUCGCAGGCUUGUUGAUAUAUUACUUCAGUAGCACACGAACUGUAACGUAUUAUCAUCAUUGGGAUUACUUCAAUCCUCCUCAGUAAACGCGGUUUACGCACAAUACAUAUUUGCUUAUACAUACUGUGCAUACCAACUCAUAAAUAGUUCAUUGGUUCGUAGAAAUUAAAUUUCAUAUUCUUGUAAAUUUAUUUUAUACAACAAUAAUUUCAUGUUGAAGAAAAAGA